UCCUGGCAACCCUGGACCGAGCCUUGCAGGCGGUAGUAGGCGCCCUUGCUUUCGCUUUGCAUCCUGGCAUUCGGCAGUUCCGCUGCCAGUUGGUGCGUUGAUCUGGGCCAUAUCCUCCAUGGAGUCCUCCAAGGAUGCCCAGCACAGUGAUGUUCUAGAAUCUAAAGGUUGCUUGGCCAACAAGACGCCCUCUCGUCAGAAUAAAAGGACCAACUUCUCAUCUUCUGAUGGAACAGGUCCAAGACUUACUGAGUCCCCAGGCCUCCCCCGGGUGUUGACUCCCUCUGACACGGCUGCAGGGCUGAGUCAGAAGACCUCCUCUUCUUCAACUUCCUCCUCUUCAUCCUCCUCCUCUUCCUCUGCACAGUCUAAUCCCUCCUCGAAAGUUUCACUGCCUGAAAUCCAGAAGGAAAAAUAUCCUGAGGAAUUCAGCCUGCUCAAGUCACAGACAAAAGAUGGGCAGCGUCCUGAGUGGACAUUUUAUCCAAGGUUCAGCAGUAACAUCCACACCUACCAUGUUGGAAAGCAGUGCUUCUUCAACGGGGUCUUCCGGGGCAACAGGCGGUCUGUGGCAGAGAGGACGGUGGACAAGAGCCUCGGGAAGAAGAAAUACGAUAUUGAUCCCAGAAAUGGAAUCCCCAAAUUGACACCAGGGGAUAAUCCGUACAUGUUCCCAGAACAGAGUAAAGAGUUCUUCAAAGCAGGAGCGACUCUGCCGCCGGUGAACUUCUCACUGGGACCUUAUGAGAAAAAGUUCGACACAUUUAUCCCGCUUGAGCCACUUCCGCAAAUUCCCAAUUUGCCUUUCUGGGAGAAAGAAAAAGCCAACAAUUUGAAGAAUGAGAUAAAAGAAGUCGAGGAUCUGGAAAACUGGCAGGCGCCGAUGUCCUUCCUACACAGUUUUUUCUCCACUGGUGCUUCCAACUUUUCAAGACAACACUGACCAGAGACAUGAGCCCCCAAGCAUGCACUGACUGCCCUCUCAGCCAGCCUCUGCCCUUGCUGGGUUUUUUUAUCCUUUGCUUUUGACAAUUGUCUCUGUCCUAAACCAAUUGUUUGACUCCAAUGAGGAAUCACUGUUUGGCCUUGUUUAACACUCAACUGUGAAACCUUUCAAGAUGUGUAGAAAACUUGCACUGAUCAUAAAGCAGACACCUGGGUGCCCUC